AUGUUUGCCAAAGACGAUUCGAAACGGAAAUUUGUUGAAAAUGCGAGAAUAGAACGCGAGAAAAGAGAAGCUGAGAGGCAGCGAUUAAUAGCCGUUGAAGAGCAGACUAAAGCUGCCGUUACCAUACAGAGGUGCUGGAAGCGACAUCAGCAACAGUACAAAGCUAAGCAGGAAUGUUGGGCUUGGUGGGAUGAGCAGUUCAGCAACAUUAAUACGAUGACCAUUACUGACUUGUAUCAGCUCGUUGGUAUUUAUUGCAAACUAAGUCGUGGAGUAUUGACACACAGCAGUAAUAAUAAACGCCUGAAGCAACUGGUUAAAUGCAUGACGAAUACCAAUAAGCUCAAGGACAAACAACCAUAUUACGUAUUAUUGAUUGACAUGCGCUAUAUGGUUCAGGCACGUGUGUAUCUCGAAAUGAUAAGCAUCCAAUGUAUUAAAUGUUGCAUUUCCUCGAAUGAACUGUCUUCUUUCGGGCCCGAGUUAACCUUUCUAUUACAAUAUCUGAAUCCGAAAACGUAUCACGUAAAGCGGCCAUUAGACGUUUCCUACACUAUUGAUAUCUCAGAUAAGAUUUUACAAAGCAUUGGACAAGCCGUUUUGAAAACAACAUUAUGUCAGUAUAACUUAAGAGACGCUCAAAUUACAUGUGUCGAGCACAUCAUUAAGCUGGAAAAUAGGAAGUCAAAAGAUGCAAAAACCAUUAAUGCGCUGAAAUUAUGGCUGACCACUAUAACUCGUUUAAGUUUAUACCCCAUUGAACAUGCAGAAUUGUCUAGCGACGCUUUAGAUAUGGGAUCAGCAUCAAAAUUUCUAUGGAAGAACACAAUGGCUGUACCUUAUUUGAGUUCUCUGGUGAAUGAAUUGAUGAUAGAUCGCCUAAGAAAAUGGGCGUUGGAUGUUGCCAAUGCUUUCGUAUUGAAUGAUUCAAAUAUCUACAAAGAAUGUAUAGAAAGCUUGGAUGGAAAUGGCUUGUUGUUUGUAUUAGGCAAUAUUGUAAAUCUGUGGAAUAAUCCUAAAAAUACAUUGAGGACCGAAGAAGAGCAUAAAUUGGUGGAAUGGGUACAAAAAUUACUAGUACCAAUACGCCAUCAUUUUUCAAAUAAACAGACAGCACAAUUUUCGACUUACCAUCCUCUUUUCAAAUGGACUGAUGCAGCAUGGGGAAACGAUAUAUCCAGUAAUGUUUUUGAUAAAGUUAUUUUACAACUACAACAUAUCUGGUCAGGAUCUCUUAUAGAUACCAUAACAAAAGAUAUCACGCAGUUCCUUCAGCUAAAGAGCAGUCUAAACGUUAAUUACAAUUCGAAAAUGUUGACAGUCAAAGGUAAUGAAAGGAAACUAAGUAGCUCUAAUAAUUUAUCGCUACUAUCAAUGAAACUAGCUUCUACCUUCGCAAUGUACAUCGACUUAUCACAACUAUUCAAACAAUAUAAAAGAGUAAUAAUAAGCGAAAUAGAUAAAGAGCCGCUUAUACAAAUUCUGCGCGUUUUCUGCGAAGCUUGUUCUAUUCUUUUUAUGACUCUGGAUGAUGUUGACAUAUUUGAACGCAAAUAUCCCUUUUCGCCAGAAGACCUAGUGCAAAUUAGCAAAUUUUUGAAUUCCUUCUACUUCAUUCUUCUCCAACAAAGUACUUCUGUGCCUUCUGAGCUGCCUCCAGCUGCCGAAAUGUUUGUAUCAGCCCGACAACUUUUAUUACAAAUCUACGAUUUAGAUCUUCACCAUCAAUUUUGCCCGCCAGACCAUUGGCUUUUGAUAUCCACGACAACUGGAAUCAAGUCUUUUUUCACAUCCUUCAUGAAAAAGCUUGACAGCAAUACUGAUAAUGAUACAGCAGGUGACAGCGAAUCUAACAAUUUCAUCAUCAAUAAGAAUUGGAUUCCAACUGCUACAAUGUUUCUCAAAGGCUUAAAAGAAAAUGACCCCGUGCCUCUACGUAUUUUACAGCUUAUGCCUUAUACGAUACCCUUCAAUGCUCGUUUAAAAGUUUUUCGAGAUUGGGUAAUACUAGACAAGUCGUGUUCUAUUAGAGCUGCAACUCGCCACAUCAGCGUGCGUCGCAAUCGUGUUUUAGAGGAUGGAUAUAACGCUCUUGCAGAUUUACCAGCAAAUGGCUGGAAAAACACUAUACGAGUUUCUUUUGUGAACGAGUUGGGUGUAGCAGAAGCGGGUAUAGAUCAAGGCGGGCCUUUCAAAGAUUUCCUUACUAUGUUGAUUUCAGAGGCAUUUCAACCGGGCUAUGGGUUAUUUACUGCUACACGGCUUAAUAGCUUUUACCCAAGCCUUACCUCGUUUGUUCAUGGCACGAGUCGUAUCGAACUGUUUGGAUUUAUCGGAAAGGUAAUUAUACAGCACGUUGGUUAA